AUGGCUUUUCUUAGUGAAAUCAACACGACCACUGCAGAACCAUGCGAACUCUCUCUCUUCAGCGAUCCCCCCAAUCAAGUAGCUCUUCAAAAGAUUUACUUUUCGGAAACUCGACCAAUUUCCUCCUUCGACGCCGACGACGCUCCGCUCGAAUUUGCCAUUCCAGGAAGCGGAAACGAGUACAUGGAUCUGAGAAGAAGUCGUCUAUAUUUGAAAGCCAAGAUAACAAAGUCAGACGGCACAGCUCUGACCAAUUUAGAAAAGACGGGAAUAAUCAAUCUACCGCUACAGUCCUUGUUUUCUCAGAUCGACGUCUACAUGAACGGAAAAUGCGUCACUCAGAAUGCCAACAAUUACCCCUGGAAAGCGUAUCUAAAAGUCCUGUUGUCCAACGGCACGGAAGCGAGCGAGUCUCAUCUGCAGACCCAGUUGUAUUACCCCGACAGGGACGACAUGGACGACGCCAAUGCUACCGCUGGAAAAAAUACGGGUCUUCGGUCACGUUACGUCUUUACGCAACAGUCCCGCACCUUCGAUUUAGAAGGACCCCUGUACUUGGACUGUUUCUAUCUGGACAAGUACCUCAUUAACGGAGUGGACUUACAGAUGAGAUUGUUCCGUUCUCGCCCCGAAUUCGUCAUGAUGAGUACUGAGACCAGUCCUAGUUACAAGGUCACUAUUUUAGAUGCCGUUUUCAAGGCCUGUAAGAUUAGAGUAGACAGUGCCAUCUUACUAAACCACGCAGAGACCAUCACCAAGACACCGGCGCGUUACAAUUACGUGAAAUCAGACGUAAAAAUGACAACCAUUUCUGAUCAGACUAGCGAAUUCUACUGGGACGAUGUAUGGAACGGAAAACGUCCAUCUAAGAUGUAUGUUGCCUUUGUCAAGCAGUCGGGUGUCAACGGAAGUUACACGAGCAAUCCUUUCAACUUUCACCACUUUAACCUCUCCGAGAUCGUGGUGACUGUCAACGGUGAACCCGUCCCUGUGAGACCUCUCAAGCUAGACUACGGGGACAAUAAAAACUACGUGACUGCUCUCUGUAACCUUUACCAAGCCAGUGAGAAAUGGUACAAAGAGGAGGGGUUAAUUAUCGACAGGGAUUCUUUUUCCAAAGGUUACGCUAUCUAUGCCUUUGACCUCGUUCCCAACGAUCUGGGUGAAGGGUAUAUAAACCUGGUUCACCAAGGAAACGUGGGAGUCUAUGCUCGAUUCGCUCAAGCUACGACAGAAACUGUCUGUGCCCUGGCCUACUGUGAAUGUCCCGGACUCUUGAUGAUUGACCAAACCCGAGAAGUGAGAAACAUCUGA